AAUCUUAUGUUUCCUUCAUGACCAUUCAAAACUAACUGAAACGUUUUUCUCUCUCUCUCUCUUCUCCCUCCAGGACUAUGUCUUCGAAGCGGAAGAACACGCCCACGAAGUUGUCCAAGGAAGAACGACUGAGCGGCCACACCUCCCCAGGCCUGAAUGCCUGCUCGCCGGACGACCUUGACCUUGACUCAGACACGGACGGGGAACAGGACAGAGGUCAGUUCCUCCAGGAGGCGACCACUGGUCACUCCAAACACGACACCAGCCCGCAGUUUUCCUCCGAGGCUGGGAGAGACACCACGGUCAGAGGGGAAGGUGAGAGCUCUGAUAUUGUUGGACUUGAGGAAGACGAAGACGAGGAAGGCUCUGAACGCCAGCAUUUCUCCGAGCCUCUUGGCGAGUCUGUGAACUUUGACAUUGACGAGGGCGAAGAGGACGCUGCGUCUAUCAGAUCGGCCGGAGCGACCGGGGCAGCAGCAGAUUUGGGUGGAGCUGAUUACGUCUCCGAUUCGGAAUUGGACACUGUCCGCGAUCCAAAUCCACAUGGUUUGACGUCAGACUCCAACGGCGCCGCCCUAAUCGCGUCAUCAUCCACCGCAUCUUUGACGUCAUCGACCAACAAAUCUACUUCUCUAUCCUCAACGUCUACAGCAGGAUCAUUCAAUAACAACAAUAACAACAACAACAAUACAAACAACAACAAUAACAAAAGAUCUAUGGAGACGGUGCUGAGAAAACUCAGCUCCAAAGCGUCCGACGUUGCCAUAGAAACGGCCAUGGCGUCGAGUGAUAACCAGGGCGAGAGACCGAUGAGUCCCAAAGUCAUGGACACCGUUCAGGCGGUGCUGGCAGGGGAGGCCACUCUGAGCGAGAAGGAGAGGCAGAUCAGUGAGAUGAUCAACCAUUUACAAAACAUAAGGGAAAACCUCAGCAAGCAAAAGGACCAGG